AUGCCAAAGCGAAACUCUACCUUUGUGACUGACUUUCUCUUUGAAGGCUUCUCCAGCUUUGGUUGGAAACAUCGGCUUAUCUUCUUUGUUGUUUUUCUAACAUUGUACCUGCUGACUCUGUGUGGCAACGUGAUCAUCGUGACUAUUAUCCACCUGGACCGUCACCUCCACACACCAAUGUACUUCUUCCUGGCGGUGUUGUCUAUCUCUGAUACCUGCUACACUGUUACCAUUAUUCCCCGUAUGCUUUCUGACCUCCUGAGUCCUUAUCAUACUAUUGCUUUUCAAGACUGUGUGACCCAACUCUUCUUUUAUCUAACUUUUGGUAUCAACAACUGCUUCUUACUCAUGGUCAUGGGAUAUGACCGUUAUGUGGCCAUCUGUAACCCUCUGAGGUAUUCAGUGAUCAUGGGUAGGAAGGCCUGCAUCUACUUGGCCUCUGGUUCACUGGCAAUUGGUCUGUGCAUGGCCAUUGUCCAGGUUACUUCUGUGUUUGGCCUGCCCUUCUGUGAUGGUUUUGUUAUCCCCCAUUUCUUCUGUGAUGUGAGACCUCUGCUGAAGCUGGCUUGCACAGACACCACUGUCAAUGAUAUCAUCAACUUUGUUGUCAGUGUCUGUGUCCUCAUUCUACCCAUGGGUGUGGGCUUCAUUUCCUAUGUCGUGAUCAUCUCCACUAUCCUCAAGAUUGCUUCAGCUGAGGGUCGGAAGAAGGCCUUUGCUACUUGUGCCUCCCACCUCACAGUGGUCAUCAUCCACUAUGGCUGCACGGCAAUAAUCUACCUGAAGCCUAAGUCUCAGAGUUUCCUGGGACAGGACAGACUCAUCUCAGUGACCUACACUGUCAUCACUCCUCUACUGAACCCUUUAGUUUAUAGCUUGAGGAAUAAGGAGGUCAAAGAUGCUCUGUACAGAGCCAUGUGUCAAAAGCCUCUUUCCUCUUAA